CACAAAAGACAUAAAUUAGCAAAUUAAAGAGAACUGAAAGGAGUUUAAGACAAUGUUCAAAUGUUUUAAAGAACUCGGGCGUUGAAAUAACCAGAACAAACAAUAAUAGUCCACCAAACUAUUUCACCGAAAAGCAUAAAUAAUGAAGAUGGCUACAGAGCUCGUAAACACGUAUAAGUCAUCAAAUUUCACUGUAAAAACAGAAAUAACAUCUUAAAAAGACAUUUGGCAGAUAAGAAACGGGCACGAAGAGUUUAGCACCCAACUAACAGGUUAGUAACACAAAACACCAAAGCUAGUUGUUGUGAAGGUCGUGGUCUUCUUCAAUGGUUGAUUGACUUCACGGCUAAGUGUUGUGGUCGCGUUUUCGUAAAAACGUGUUAUGCUACAGCAGUGGGAAGUAUGGCUUUUUAUCAUCCGGGUUGUUGCGUUUCAACUGAGAGCCAGAGCCUCGAUGUACGAUGAAUUUAAGGUGAACUGGUGUCGGCAGCGAAAGUGGCGACUGGAUUGGCAAAGUCUACAAAAACCAUGUCAGAAUCUUCAUUACAGAAGGAACAAUGGAAAACAAUAUCAAAGAUUGAAAACAUCCCCGGAAGACAGCGAAAUAUUUGAUGCUCAAAUUCGUCCUGCGGGGGAGUAUAGUCGGUUUUUUGUGCAGUCUCGCACACUUGGGGCCGAGCGGAAGACGUUUGGAGGGGACUCGUGGAGAGUGUACCUUGAAGGACCUUCGUAUCUUGCAGGCACCGUCUUCGAUCAUAAUAAUGGAGUGUAUGAAGUGUUGUUCCUGAUCAUGGAGCCUGGGGUGUACAAAAUCAACAUGAUUCUAGAUUAUACGCUGUGUGAUGGAGUGAUUGAUCCUCCAAUGGAUUGGUUCAAAAAUGCUCACUGUUCAGGAAAGUUAAAGAACGUACACCUUAGCAAUAGUCUCUUCUCAGAAAUGACCGGUUACAUCAACAAGCCUUUACUAUCUGCUACAAAGAGAACAAUCACAAUCCCAUGGAGACGUCUCAGUGAAAGUGAAAUUCAAAACAACAUGCGCGCAGCGGAUAACGAGUGUGAUAUUCAAUGUAACUUGAUGUGGGAUGGAUUCGGAAGAUGGGUGACUGGAUUCAAAUGGAAGCCUUACAUGGACUUUACAAGAGAAGAUUAUACAACCUUAGCAAAUCAACGCAAGCAACACGAUCACACAGUUGGUCGAGGUGUGUUCUGGGUAUACGGCGAUUCACUAAGUUAUUACUUUUACAUGUCAGUUAACAGUCCAAUGAGAAGGCUUUGUUCAUCGGUGUUUAAAGAAUGCAACAACACAUAUAACUGGAUAUACCCCAAGACACUCUACGAACUGACAGAAACAUGUGGUGAAGUCAACUUGCACGUCCCAAGAGUUUUAAAUUUUUUCCGUCAAGUGAUUGAGAGGAAAGAUAUGGACAGGGACAGCGCACUGCUGUUAAACGCUGGAGCUCACUAUAUUAAGACGACCAGUUUUCAGAGCUACCAACAAGUCAUUGUUGCAUUGAUAUCCGAGAUCAAGAAACUGUACCAUGGGAAACCUAUCUGGAAAUCGACAACCGCCAUACAUGGACAAACCGCUGAUAUUAUGGGCGCAUUCCGCAGAUUCACGACCAACCACAGGAUCCAGUUGUACAACGCUUUUGCCAACUCGGCAAUGUGUGCAAGUGGUAUCACUGUAUUGGACGUCUAUCCCAUCAGCGACUCAUACCCACCUGGAACCAAGGACGGCAUACACUACAAUAACGAAGCUUUCAACCCCGUCAUAGAACUUUUGGAAAGAUACUUUUCCUCGUAGCCUUAAAAUAGCGAUGAUUUGAGAAUUGACUUUUUAGCAAAAUUAAUAAAUCCAUGAAGUUUUGCAUCUGCAAAGGUACAAACUUGUUCCCAUGGCCUUUUCCCUUACCUGGGAAAAGGCCAUGGGAACGAGGUUAGCAUUAGAGAGCUUCUUGAUGAUCGCCAUAUUGCCAUCACCGACAUUACUGUACUUUAUUAUAUCUCUCAGUUAGUACGCGCGCUGUGAUUGGUCAAUUCAGCGGGCCGUAUUUUACUGUACGGCUCACUACAAUUUAAAGCCGUUAUUGUUGCCAAAGUUUUUCGUGAUUUAUCGCCAAGUUCUCUUAACUUUUUCAGCAAGUAAGAGUUUAAAACUUUCUUUUACUUCUGAAAUUGUAUAUUAAAACCUGCUAGCGACGUAAGAG